AUGCAUUACAAGCACCCCAUUUCCUUGACACCCGAGUCAUCACAGGGGGCCCAAGAAUUCCAGACGGAGAUCCGAAUGCUUUCACAACUUCGCCACCAGCAUUUGGUGUCGCUCGUAGGAUACUGUACAGACGACGGUGAGAUGAUCUUGGUCUAUGAUUACAUGGCGCGUGGGACCCUUUGUGACCACCUCUACCACACAGAUAAUCCAUCUCUAUCUUGGGAUCAACGGCUCCAAAUUUGUAUCGGUGCAGCUCGUGGGUUGCACCAUCUUCACACGGGUGCGCAGUACACUAUCAUCCAUCGUGAUGUAAAGAGCACCAACAUCUUAUUGGAUGAGAAAUGGGUGGCUAAAGUCUCGGAUUUUGGGCUUUCAAAAAUGGGAACCAUCACCAUGUCCAAGACCCACAUCAGCACGAUGGUGAAGGGUAGUUUCGGGUAUUUAGACCCAGAAUACUACCGUCGUAGCCAGUUGACUGAGAAGUCCGAUGUGUACUCGUUUGGCGUGGUGUUGUGUGAGGUGUUAUGUGCGAGGCCGGCUUUAUUACGAACAGUGGAGAAGAAGCAAAUGGGUUUAGCCGAGUGGUUCAAGAGCUGUCAUCGCAAAGGGACACUUGAUCAAAUCAUUGACCCGAGGCUCAAGGGUAAGAUUGGAAACGCAUGCUUGAAUAAGUUUGUUGAGAUGGCGAUAAGUUGUAUGCAUGAUAAUGGGAUCGAACGGCCGUCGAUGAAUGACGUGGUGUGGGGGCUGGAGUAUGCAAUGCAACUUCAUCAAAGAGAGGAGGGAGAGAAAGAUUUCGACCUUGAAAACAAGGGUGAAGAUGAGGUUGCGUUGAUGAAUGAUAAUCAUUCUACAGGGUUUACUACUAGUCGUAGUUGGGAAGGAGGGACGUUGAACAGCGGGCUGACCAAAACAAGUAGUGAGCAAAUCUCUACAACUAACGAAUCGAUUAAAGGGAUGUCUAGGAUAGUGUUUUCUGGGAUCAACGAUUCCGAGGGGAGAUUACCUUAUGAUCUUUCUCUUCUCUUAGAUAUCAUCAAUAACCCAAUUAGCAGCAAACACCUUUCGAAAACAAUAACCAUGAAGAAACUCCUUCUCCCUCCUCUGCCUAUUUACUUCCUUCCCUUGUUUCUGCAAAUCGCCACCCUACUCUCUGCACCUAUCUACACUCCGGUCGAAGACAUCACCAUCAACUGUGGCUCUUCCGGAACCUCACCCAACAUAUAUGACAACCGGAAUUGGACUGGAGAUAUCAACUCAAAAUUCUCCCCCAUUCAAUUACACCAAGAUAACACCAACACCUCAUCCCAAGUCAGAGAAGCACCUCCCUCCUCUGUUAGCCAAGUACCCUAUACCACAGCUCGGCUUUCUCUUUCCGAAUUUAGUUACAAAGUUCCCCUCUCCACUGGGCAGAAGUUUAUUCGUUUAUACUUCCACCCAGUUUCAUAUGACCCCGGCUUCGACCGAUCCAAAACCCUCUUCUCUGUCCAAGCAGGUGGCUUUACCCUUCUCCAUGAUUUCAAUGCUUCUGUAACUGCUGAUGCUAGUGAGACUGAGACGCUAAUAAGAGAGUUCUGUUUGAAUAUUGAUGAAGGACAGAACUUGACCAUCACGUUCACUCCGAGCAGAGCAAUCCCAGAUGCUUAUGCCUUUGUCAAUGGGAUUGAGAUUGUGUCCAUGCCCACCAAUCUUUACUACACUGCAUUCGAAAGCCAUGGAGUUGAUUAUGUAGGCAACAAAGUCAAUUAUCGCAUCGAAAACAUCACGGCGAUGGAGACGGUGUACCGAAUAAACGUCGGUGGAAGUGCACUCUCUUUCGACCAAGACACUGGGAUGUACCGCAAAUGGGACAGUGCAGUAGACGAGCAAAAGUACUUGGAUGAUUUGAGUUCCAGGUGGACUGUUCUUCCACAAAACGUUAGCCUUCAACUCAACUUUGUGAAAAUACCAGAGUACUCUGCUCCACAAGUAGUUUACCAAACGGGCCGGUCAAUGGGCAGCAACCACACCCGAAACAAGAGCUACAAACUGACCUGGGAAUUUCCCGUAGAUCCCAAGUUUCUUUACCUGCUAAGGCUACAUUUCUGUGAGUUUGAGCCUGAAAUUAUGGACACCGGGGACCGGUCGUUUCUAAUCUAUGUGGAGAACCAACUUGCUGAGCCACAAGCCGACAUAAUCAUGUGGAGUGGUGGAAAUGGGAGACCAAUCUACAGGGACUACGUUGUGUUCAUGCCUGCAGGCCCUGAUCGGAAGAAAGUUAAGCUCUUUCUUGCACUGCAAGCAAACCCAAGAGAUUGGAUGACCAAAUACAAUGAUGUACUCUUGAACGGCCUUGAACUCUUCAAACUAAGUGAUACAAAUGGAAAUCUAGCCGGACCAAACCCCGACCCACCACCACCAAAGCCGGUGCAGCUGAAAACCCCCUCAAAACAGUCGAAGAAGAAGUCAACUCCUAUGCUUGCCACCGUUGCUGGUGCAGUUUCCGCCAUACUCGUAUUAUUCUGUGUCCCCGGAUUCUUGGUUAUCAGGCGAAGAAGAAGAUCCAAGGACACCGAUGAUGACUCAUUUGUACUGUCCGGUUUGUGUCGUGAUUUUUCAUUGUCGGAGAUCAAAGCCGCCCCCAAAAACUUCAACCAGGAUUUCAUUAUCGGUGUUGGUGGGUUUGGCCACGCGUACAAAGGGAGCAUCGAUCAGGGCACAAACCCAAGUCGCAACAUAGCGGGGCAGGAGAUUCGAAUUUUAGAUAUCAUCAAGAACCCAAUUAGCAGCAAACACCUUUCCAGAACAAUAACCAUGAAAAAACUCCUUCUCCCUCCUCUGCCUCUUUACUUCCUUCCCCUGUUUCUUCAAAUUGCCACCCUACUCUCUGCACCUAUCUACACUCCGGUGGAAGACAUCACCAUCAACUGCGGCUCUUCCGGAACAUCAGUAAACAUGGAUGACAACCGGAAUUGGACUGGAGAUAUCAACUCAAAAUUCUCCCCCUCUGAGUUUAACCAAGCUAACACCAACACCUCCUCCCAAGUCGGAGAAGCACCUUCCUCCUCCUCUGUUAACCAAGUGCCUUACACUACCGCUCGUCUUUCUCGCUCCGGAUUUACUUACAAAGUUCCCCUCUCCACCGGGCAGAAGUUUAUUCGCUUCUACUUCCGCCCAGUUUCAUAUGGCCCCGACUUUGACAGGUCCAAAGCCCUCUUCUCUGUCCAAGCAGGUGGCUUUACCCUUCUCCAUGAUUUCAAUGCUUCUGUAACUGCUGAUGCUGGUGAGACUGAGAAGCUAAUAAGAGAGUUCUGUUUGAACAUUGAUGAAGAACAGAGCUUGGCCAUCAUGUUCACUCCGAACAGAGCAAUCCCAGAUGCUUAUGCCUUUAUCAAUGGGAUUGAGAUUGUGUCCAUGCCUACCAAUCUUUACUACACUUCUCCUGAAAACCCAGAUGGUGCCCAUUUUGUAGGCAACAAUAUCAAUUAUCGCAUCGAAAACAUCACGGCGAUGGAGACGGUGUACCGAAUAAACGUCGGCGGAAGUGGACUCUCAUUCGACCAAGACACUGGGAUGUACCGCAAUUGGGAGAGUGUGGUAUACGAGCAAAAGUACUUGGAUGAUUUGAGUUCCAGGUGGAGUGUUCUUCCACAAAACGUUAGCAUUCAUCUCAACUUUGUGAGAAUACCAAAGUACUCUGCUCCAGAAACAGUUUACCAAACUGGCCGGUCCAUGGGCAAGAACCACACCCAAAACAAGAGCUACAACCUCACCUGGGAAUUUCCCGUAGAUCCCAAUUUUUUUUACCUGCUCAGGCUUCAUUUCUGUGAGUUCGAACCUGAAAUUAUCGACACCACGUACCGAUCGUUUACAAUCUACGUAGUGAAUCAAACUGCUGAGCCACAAGCCGACAUAAUCAUGUGGAGUGGUGGAAAUGGGAGACCAAUCUACAAGGACUACGUUGUGUUCAUGAAGGCAGGCCCUGAUCAUAAGAAAGUUAAGCUCUUUCUUGCACUGCAAGCAAACCCAAUAAAUUGGAUGACUACAUACAAUGAUGCACUCUUGAACGGCCUUGAACUCUUCAAACUCAACGAUACAAAUGGAAAUCUCGCCGGACCAAACCCCGACCCACCUCCACCAAAGCAGAUGCAGCCGAAAAUCCCUUCAAAACAGUCGAAGAAGAAGUCAACUCCUAUGAUUCCCAUCGUUGCUGGUGCAGUUUCCGCCAUACUUGUAUUACUCUCUGUCCUUGGAUUCUUGGUUUUCAGUCGAAGAAGAAGAGACAAGGAUACCGAUGAUGACCCAUUUGUACCUUCCGGUUUGUGUCGUGAGUUUUCAUUGUCGGAGAUCAAAGCCGCCACCAGAAACUUCAACGAGGGUUCUAUUAUCGGUGUUGGUGGGUUCGGCCAUGUGUACAAAGGGAGCAUCGAUCAGGGCACCCUUGUUGCGAUCAAACGGCUUAAACCCGAGUCGCAACAAGGGGUCCCAGAGUUUAGGGCGGAGAUCGAUAUGCUCUCCCAACUCCGCCACCAACAUUUGGUGUCUCUCAUCGGGUACUGUAAAGAUAGAAGGGAAAUGAUCUUGGUGUAUGAGUACAUGGAAAAUAAGACUCUUUAUGAUCAUCUAAUGAACCCAAAAUCCGAUCCUAAUGCACAACCACUUCCUUGGGAAAAACGGCUCCAGAUUUGUAUUGGCGCAGCGCGUGGUUUGCACUACCUUCACACUGGUGGUACGGAAGGCACCAUCAUUCACCGUGAUGUAAAAAGCACAAACAUUUUAUUGGACGAGAAAUGGGUGGCCAAAGUUUCGGAUUUCGGGUUGUCGAAAAUGAGCUCGAUGACCAUGUCCAAAACCCACAUUACCACGGCAGUGAAGGGUAGUUAUGGGUAUUUGGACCCAGAAUACAUGCUCCGAAAUCAAUUGACCGAGAAGUCGGAUGUGUACUCAUUCGGCGUCGUGUUGUGUGAGGUGCUGUGUGCAAGGCCAGCCUUGAUGCGUACAGUGGAGAAGAAGGAAAUGAGUUUGGCUAUGUGGUUCAAGGCCUGCCAUCAGAAUGGGGAACUUGAUCAAAUCAUCGAUCCAAGCUUGAAGGGUAAAAUUGAAGACGAGUGCUUCAAAGUGUUCGUUGAGAUUGCGCUGAGUUGUAUGCAUGAGAAUGGGAAACAACGUCCGUCGAUGAACAACGUGGUGGAGGGGCUUGUGCAAGCAUUAAAACUUCAGCAGAACGGAGAUAAGAUGGACGAGGAUGAUGAAACCAAGGGUGAAACAAAGGAGACUGCAAUUAUGAAUGAGAGCGAUGGAGGUUUUAGUUCCAGCUGGACAGAGUCAUCUGAUUCGAAGAACAGUAGUAGGGUCACCAACACCAGUAGUGAUCAAAGUUGUUCGACCACCAACAAUUCCAUUAAAGGAAUGUCCGGGACAGUUUUUUCUGAGAUCAAAGAUCCCAGUGGAAGAUGAUGCGUGACGAUCAUGAGCAGCACUUGUAAUAAAAUUAAAGAGAAGAAUAUAUCUUGCUAAAACUCAGAAGCUUCAUUUGGAUUGUGUGGUAAGUUUUAAUAUUAUUGUAAGCUUGUAAUUCUAACUCAAUUUGUGAUUGUUAUCUCUUAAAAUUCCAAGGCAUGUACAAGAUGCAUGAAUUGUUUAUUCCUAUGAGGAUGACCAAAUGUAUUGGAUUUUUAUGCA